CGCCGUGGACAAAGCAACGCCUGCAAUCUCGCGGAUACUACUCUCUCUUGCCCACUCUCGCCCCCCCACCCCCAGUCGGACUCAGCCAGACGCAUAUAGACACUCAAGUCAGAGGCGCGAGGGUGUCAUAUACGCGUAUACACUCGUAUAUAGAGCAGAUAUAUAGCCGGCGAUCGACCAUAAGGCAUCAAGAUAUAUAUUUUUUGUCUUCUUAUUUUCCUGUGACAAAAAAAACCGCGCGACAAGUGUUUAAAAAUAGUUGCUUCUCUGCCCAGAAACUCCUCCUAACUAACCUAAAACCAGCAACAAAAUGGUCGAGACCGUGGUCACCGUCGAGCGCACAACAACAACCACAUCGAAUGGACCGCCCGGCGGACCCAAUCCCACCGGUGGCAACGAUGGCGGCUUCUGGAGCGCCAUUCGUCUCAACAUUGACUAUUUCCGGACAGUGCCGGGCAUCCUAAAGAUUGUUCAGUUUGUGCUGGGCAUCAUCUGCAUGGCUCUGGCCGCUCCGCCCAUGAACUCAGCCACCUCGUUCUUCAUGUUCGUGAUCGUGAUCUCCUUCAUCAUCACCAUCCUGCUGAUUGCCGCCUACUUCCUGGGCAUUCGCGAGGCCCUCAACGUGGCCGUAAACUGGAUAUUCUCGGAACUGAUAACCACCGCUGUGCUAACGCUGCUGUACUUCAUCGGCUUCAUUGUCCAGCUGGCCAGAUGGUCGGAUUCUGCCGCUAAGGGUGCUGGCUCUAACACGGCUGCCGGCGUCUUUGGUCUCUUCAACUUCCUGGCCUAUGCGGCGGGCACAUAUUUCCUGUUCCUGGCGCACCGUUCCGGGGCCACCCAUUAAAUCCGAAUUGGAGCUGCUGGAGCGACGAAGGAUGGCCGAGUUGGAAGCUGGAAGUUAUGCUUAGAAUAAUAUCUAAUUGUUAACAGAAUAAGUGCAAGUCGAGCUUACUUGUUUGUAAUAGCGUCUCUUUGCUUGUGAACGUAUUUUUUUUGUAAUUUGUUUUGUUGUUACGAGUAAUUUAUGAUGAAUGUGUGAAGGAGGAGCAGGAACAUACAUCAUCAGCUCAAUGGAAAGCCUAAGCCUUUCUCGACUUGAUUUGUUUUUAAUGUUAUUUUUUAAUGCCUAACUUUAACGCCGAUGCUAACAUUUAAGAUGAAACCCACCAGCACACACACAUGCACACACGAGACUACAUGGGGUGGGGGUGGGUCGCCUGGUCCAAAGAACCCAGACUAUGGAUCUGGAUCUAUAUAGUAUCUAAAACCAAAUCCCCUUUAACAACUUUGCAUUUUUAUUAAAGGUUAUAUUUAUUAAAGGA